AUGCCUCCACGAACGGUGAAAAGAGGAGCAUCAGCGGCUGCGAAGAAGAGAACGGUGAGGAAGGUGCAGAAUCAGCAGCAUCCGGAAUCGGGGGAGGAAGCGUUGAAUUUGGAGGAGAAACCGACGGUGGUUGAUGAGAAGCCGGUGGUUAUGGAGGAGGAGAAGAGCGUGGUUGUUGAAGAUAAGUUAGUUAUUGAUGAGAAGAAAGAUGGAGAAGGCGAAAUUGAAGCUAAUUUGGACGCGAAUGGAUCGGCUUCUUUGAAAAAAGAGGAAGAGGGCAAGGAGUCUGUAGACGAGUAUGAAAAAGAUGAGAGGUUAGACUUUGAUGAUAAUGAUCCUGAAUAUGAACCUGAAGAAUAUGGUGGGGUGGAUUAUGAUGAUAAAGAAAUUGAGCAAGAGGAUGUUCAGGAGGUGGAAGAAGAAGUGGAGGAAGAACAUGAGGAGGAGAAUGUUGGCGAAGAGGAAGAGGGUGAUUUGGUAGAGGAGGAAUUGGAAGAGGAUGCUGAAGAACUUGAGGGUCAAGAGGAUGAUGAGCAUGCUGGCGAGGAGGUAGAGCAUGUUGAAAUGGCUGACGUGGAGGAAGAUGAGGAUCACCAUGAAUUAUUUAAGGAGAGGCGCAAGAGGAAGGAGUUUGAAGUAUUUGUUGGGGGUUUAGAUAAGGAUGCUACUAAGGAUGAUCUUCUGAAAGUAUUCAGCCGUGUUGGUAAUGUUACUGAAGUCAGGCUGAUGAUGAACCCCCAGACUAAGAAAAACAAAGGGUUUGCAUUCUUGCGUUUUGCAACUGUUGAACAAGCAAAACGAGCUGUGACAGAGCUCAAAAACCCAGUGAUCAAUGGGAAACAAUGUGGUGUUACUCCAAGUCAAGACAGUGACACCCUUUUUCUGGGUAACAUUUGCAAAACAUGGACAAAGGAAGCUUUGAAAGAGAAGUUGAAACACUAUGGAGUUGAGAAUGUUGAGGAUUUGACCCUGGUAGAAGAUAGUAACAACUUGGGAAUGAAUCGGGGAUUUGCAUUUCUGGAAUUUUCUUCUCGUUCAGAUGCUAUGGAUGCUUUUAAGCGUCUUCAGAAGAGAGAUGUUUUAUUUGGAGUGGAUAGGCCUGCAAAGGUAUCUUUUGCAGAUUCCUUCAUUGACCCUGGUGAUGAAAUCAUGGCACAGGUGAAGACUGUGUUUAUUGAUGGCCUACCUGCAUCAUGGGAUGAGGAUCGUGUUCGGGUGCUUUUGAAGAAAUAUGGGGACAUCGAAAAGAUUGAGCUUGCACGGAAUAUGCCAUCUGCCAGGAGAAAGGAUUUUGGUUUUGUUACCUUUGACACUCAUGAUGCUGCGGUGACAUGUGCUAAAAGUAUUAACAAUGCAGAGUUGGGUGAAGGAGACAACAAGGCUAAAGUUAGGGCCCGCUUAUCAAGACCCCUCCAAAGGGGAAAAGGAAAACAUAUAAGUCGCGGCGAUUUCCGAUCUGGUCAUGGAGCUAAUAGAGUUGUCAGGGGUCCAUGGGUUCGUCCUAUGCCACAUAGUUACUCUACUCGUGCGGUCAGAGGAAUCACAACUCAUGCUCCACCAGUCAGUCUAAAGAGGUCUACAGGAUUGAGAGAAAGACGUCCUCCUGUGAUGUCCAUACCGGCAAGAAACAGGCCUCUGGCUCCUCCUUCCAGGUCCUAUGAAAGAAGGCCACCUCCUCCUUCUUACCCAAAGAGUAGCUUGAAGAGAGAGUAUGUACGGCGUGAUGAACUUCCUCCUCCAAGGAGCAGACCUUCUGUAGAUUAUGUACCCAGGUCUGUCCCAGAGAGACGCCCAUCCUAUAGAGAUGACUACUCUUCUCGUGGUACCAGUUAUUCUGAUCUUCCCAGAAGUACAUCUCGCACAUCUGCAAGGAGAGCUUAUGCUGAUGAUGGCUAUAGUCAAAGGUAUGAGAGGCCCCCUCCAAGCUACCGUGAAGGGCGUGCUCGUGAUUAUGAUUCUGUUGCUGGAUCAAAACGCCCGUAUCCAGCUAUGGAUGAUAUUCCUCCCCGUUAUGCUGAUGCUGGUGCUCGCCACUCUAGGCCUCGUUUGGACUAUGAACUUGGUUCCAGUGCUUCUCAAUAUGGGGAUGCAUAUGGUGAUAGACUUGGGAGAUCUGCUGUAGGAUAUGGGGGAAGCAGAAGUUCUGUUUCUAGUCAGGAUUCACAUGGGAUGUACAGUAGCCGUCAGGGUAUGGGUUACGGAGGUUCUUAUGGAGGCAAUGAUGGUGGAAUGUACCAAUCAAGCUACAGUGGUGAUUACAUACCUCGUGGUGGUGAUGUUGGUGGUAGCUCUUACUCAUCAAUGUACUCCAGUCGUGGCAUGGGCGGCAGCAGCGGCUACAUGGGUACUGGUAGCUCAGGAUCAUACUAUUAA